ACCAGUCCAGCAUCGACAUCAUCAAUAAGGGUUCAUCACUCAACAUUGGAAAAUACUUCAAACCUACAUAGUUUACCAGUCCAACACCGGCAUCAUCAACAGUCAUUCGUCUCUAAACAUUAGAAAAUACUUUAAUUUUCAUCAUGAAAAGACAAACGGUGAGAAAAUGCCAGCGGACAAUUUCUACUGAUAAAGAAUUAUUCGAAAUUGAACGAUUUAAAAAAUGCUCGAAAACUUUUAUCAUAAAAAAUACAUUGGAUUUUAUAGAUUACACGCUUUUUUUUAACUAUAUUUCAGAGAAAUUAAUUUUUAAGUUAAAAGAAUCGUGUAAAAAUACAUCUAUAAAAUUUAAUUUAGUCGUGGAUAGUGUUUACGAAAGAAUUAUUACACAAGAAGUACAGGAUAUUGCAUUCAAAACUUUUAAUGUUCUUGCAUGUAAUUCAUCUAAUUUUAAAAAAAUACUAAACGAUAUGUUCAAUAAAUUGUUGCGGGAAGAGACAGAUUUUACACAGAAAGGUUCUGGAUGGACGCUUAAGGUAAUAGAAACAUUACAGUUGAGAAUCAAUAUAGUGAAUCCUCUUAAAGGAGGAACAUAUAUUGAUUUACCUAAGCAUAUUAAAGAUAAAAGAGCGAUUAUUAAUGUGAAAAAUAGUGAUAAUAAAUGUUUUAAAUAUGCAUUAUUAUCCAAGUUUGAUAAUCGCUCUAAUAAAACUAAUUUUCAUGAAAAAUAUUUUAAGAUGUUAGAGUUAAAAAGUAGUUUAAAUUUUAAAUGUGUUGAUUUUCCAACACCAAUCAGUCAGAUACCUAAAUUUGAACGUAUAAACAAUAUUUCAAUAAAUAUUUAUAGUUUGAAUGACAAAAAAACUAUUUUUCCCUUGUAUGUAUGUAAUACCGAAAGAAAUGAUCAUUUUGACCUAUUUUUGUAUAAUAAUGAUGAAACAUCGCAUUAUUGUUAUAUUCAUAAUUUUUCAAGAUUAAUCAGAAGUCAGAAAACGAAAAAUUGUUCGAAGCUAAUUAUUUGUAAGAGAUGUUUCACAACUUUUGGUACUCAACCGUGCAAAAGUAAGCUUUGGGGUGUAGAAGGAUUAAAUGAACAUCGACGCAAUUGUGGAAAGAAUCCGUUGGGGAGGCCUAUAAUGUUUGAAGAGGGGGAUGAUGAUUUCAUCUAUUUCAAAGGUUAUAAAAAAACGCAGAGGAUUCCAUUUGUCAUUUAUGCAGAUUUUGAAUGUAUAUUAACUCCUAAACAACCUAAUAAAUUCAUUAAUAGACGUAAAAAACAAAAAAAUCAGAAAACUCAUGUUACACAUUUACAUGAAAUUAUGAGCUAUGGGUUUUAUGUAAAAGUUGACUAUAGUAUUAUAUCGAAAGAGCUGGUAAAACAGUUUGAAAUUCCGACGAAAGUAAUUAUUUAUAGAGGUAAGAAAGCUGCAAAAAAAAUUUAUGAAAAAUAUGAUCGAUAUUGGAAAUGAAAUUAAUAAAAUUUAUCAAAUUAAUACACCGAUGGACAAAUUAACUGAUAAAGAGGAACAACGUUUUCAAAGAACCAAGUUCUGUCAAAAAUGUUCAAAACAUUUUAAAAACAAUAAUUUGGUUAAAGUUCGAGAUCACUGUCAUUUUA